UUCAAAAUGUUCGCGCUUUGGGCGCUACGAUUUGCUUGGGUGAUUUUUGCUUGUGACCCUGCAGGAGGAACCAGCGCAGCCUCCAGAAACAACUGUUAUCGAAAAGACUGUAAUGGAACAUGGUAUGACAUCCAAGAGGCUACUUGCUGUGAAAACAAACUUUACCCAGGCGCAAGUCUCUCUUGUUGUGGAAAUGAGCCUUACAAUCCGGAAACAGCCACUUGUUGUAAAGUACAGCAUGAGCACGACCUCAAAGCCAGUGUUGACCAGGGUCUGAAUGAAAAGGUAUCCAAGUGCUGUGAUCUGAAGGCGUACAACCCAGUCAAUGAAAUGUGUUGUCAGUCAACCAUCACAGCAAAACCUGGACCAAUGGCUGAAUGUUGUGGUAAAGAGGCUUUUGAUAAGGAUAAGCAGUUGUGUUGUGGUCCAACUGAUAAGAGGAUAAUUUUGGUGAGGAAUUCUAGCCACCACCGGUGCUGUGGCCACAAGCAGUAUGACACCAAGACUCAGUGCUGCUGUACAAAUAAGGAAAACAUUCUGGAGAUACAACCUAAAGAUUCAGACUGCUGUAUGAAGGACUCUCCAGCAGUUCUUCCAUGUGGAAAUAUAAUCUUCAACAAACAUACGCAACUAUGCUGUCAGUUAAAUGUUGUUCACAAAUCUCCACAGAAGUACAAAUGUUGUGAUAAAAGGGCAUAUGAUGUGGAAAAGGAGCUGUGUUGUGGCCCAAGUAAUAACAAGACAAUUCUAAUGAGGAAUUCCAGUAAUCACCAGUGCUGUGGUCACAACCAUUAUAACACUGAUACUCAGUGUUGCUUUUUGAAUAAGGAAGGUGUUCUUGAGAUUCAACCUAAGGAUCCAUCUGGCUGUAAGUGA